GGAAAGGGAAGUGUAAGUCAUAGAGAUUACAGACAGUGGUUAGAGUGACCAGAUCACUCCUGCAGCAUUUGUCUUUGCUCGUCAUUUUCACGAUGAUGAAAAUCUAUGUGUACUCUUGUCUUCUCUCUGCUCUGAGUGUUGCAGAGAUGAAGUCUCUCACCGUAAAUGGAUGUGUUGGGAAUAAUGUGACAUUUAAAUGCUCCAACUGGAACGUUUGGAUAGAUGUAAAAAAUAAUGAGAAAUACUUUUGUAAUAGUCCAUGCUCAGAAGAAGAACACAUCAUCAGAGCAGCAUUUCAAAAGACUGGAAGGAAGAAUCGAAUAGAGAUAACAAACAGCGCAGACGGUUUAUUUGUGACUUUCACAAAUCUCCAAAAGUCAGACUCUAAGAAAUAUUAUUGUGGAGUGAACAGACUUGGCCUUGACCCUUGGAUAGAGGUCAAACUUGAAGUUACAGAUGCUGAGUCUACCACUCCCAGGACAACUCUGAAAAUGUUAGCUGUUACAAACAGCUCAGAUUUUAUUAGUGAUACGUCUACAUCAUACAUCAUCUAUUCUACUCCAGCAGUCGACUCUACUACAACUACUACUGCAUCAUCAACACAAGGAGCUGGAAAUGUAUUGUAUUUGAUCAUAUGUGUCAUUAUUAUAAUAAGCAUACUGAUGCUACUGCUGACACUUGUGUGGAAGAUGAAGAGAAAACAGCAGAAAAAAGAAAAACGAGUGCAUGUUGAGGACGUCAGACCUGAAGGACAGUCUCUGAACCAGCCAGCAGCGGUCCCUACACUCGGCUACUCUGCAGACUCAGACAGUGUCUAUGCUAAUUAUACUGAAAUAGCAGUUGAGAGUGUUAAUAACUACUCAGAAGAUGUUCCUUUAAGUCCAGUUUCCAGCGUUGUGUAUUCUGUUAUUCAACUACCCGAAAAGCAAAUUGAACACACUGAGCACUCUGAACCAAAUCAGUGUGAAUACAGUGAAAAUGACUCUCUCUAUUCCCUGGCUCAGCUACCAAAGACAAACUGAGUGUAGCUGGUGUAAUUAAAACUGCACACGUAAUUAGAAUCGGACAGCCACUAAUUUUACUAUAACAAUACAGUAAUGAUUCUAAAGAGGACGACCAAAAAAUGUCACAAAGAAAAGAAUAAAUGUGAUGUGUGAAAUGUUUCCCUUAAGAAUGCUGUCAGUGUCCAUGUUCUGUUUUUAUUUCUUUAGUUUUUUAAGUUGCUGUAUCUACAGUAGACAUGCUAACUCAGUGCUGUGCUACUGUGCUGUUAAAUUCACAGCCGUGCAUGUUAUCCUCUAUGUUUGAAUAUUGUACUUUGUUUUUCUGUCUGUUCAAACUGUGAAUAAAGAAUGUCUUUACUAGUUUAA